AUGGCCAUCCCGCAUCCAGCAGUUGCUCAUGGUUCUCAUCGAGUGAACAAUGGUCACCCCUCGAGUGAUCUUCGUGGGCAGCUUAAUGGUCACCCCUCGGGUUAUCUUCGUAAACAACUCAACAGUAACCGCGUGGGAGAUCGCCGCAAGGGUGAUCUCCGUAGCCAACUCAACAACAACCACGGGCGCUUCCUCCUCGAUCAAGAUAUUCUCAACAUCAUCAGGUUAUCGGCGAGAUCUUCUUUUGAAAAUAUGGGAGAAGAAAAGGAAAACGAAAAGGAAAAGGAAAAGGAAAAGUCGAAUGAGUUUGUGAAAAUGGCUAAAACGCAAAAAGGGUCGGUGGAAUUGUUGAAAAGGAUUGUGUACGAAGAUCCAAUGCAGUGGCAAGAGAUUCUUGAUGGGAUUCUUGAAUGCAUUCUAGAGGUGAUGACAGAUGAAUAUGGGCAUCAUCUCUUCCUAAUGGUUCUUGAGCGUUGCGAUUUAUGUCAGUUUCAAACAAUCAUUGACACCCUGGAAUUAGAUGAGGACUUGCUUAUCCAUGCAUCCUUUCCGAAACAUGGUUCAAUAGCAGUUCAAGGGUUCAUCAAGAAACUAAAACUAACAGGAUUAGCCCAUUCUAUCACCUCACUUCUAUCCAAAAGAUUUGUGGAGCUGAUGACCAGUGAACAUGGCAGAUAUGUAGUUCUGCAGUGCAUAUACACUUUCGGAGCUAAAGAAAAUGAGGUUUUAUUUUCUUGUGCCAUGCGUCACUUCAAAGAGCUGGCAACAACCAAAUAUGGAUGUUCAUCCUUGUUUGACUUCUUGAAACUCAUUUGUGGCUUUCAGAGAAAGCAACUGCUUCAAAAUAUCGCAGAUGAAUCCAAUUUCUUAUCUAAUGACGCAAGAUUUUCCACCAGGACCAUUGUUCUGAAGAAGGUUCUCACGCUUAAUGACAACGAAGCUAUACACAAAAUAUGUGAUCGCCUCAAGAUGGAGUUCAUAAACCUGUGUUCGAGAAAGGGCUGUAAUGGUUGUCAAGUUGUUCUGAAGUGCUUGGAAGCAUCAGAAUAUGGAACGAAAUCUGUUCUUGAGAACCUUCUGCAGGGCAGUGAAGAAGUACUUCUGAAACUUGCCAGUGAUAGAUUUGGAACCUUUGUAAUCCAAACAGCACUUUUUAAAGCAAGGACUUUUGACUUCAAGCUUUAUAAAUUGCUUGUUGCAAUCCUUAAGCCACAUUUCUUGGCUCUUUCUUCCAACGAAAAUGGCAGACUAGUAAAUCUUGUGAUCAAAUGUUGUGAAGCCGAAGCUAGGUCUCAGACAAUUUAA